AUGGAACGUAAGGGAAUUGAACAUGGGAAGUUGGACACCAUCAAGAAGGAAAUGAAUCGAUUAAACAUCGCUAUCCUAGGAGUCGGCGAAGUUCAUUGGACUGGCAAUGGUUUCCUCAACUCUGGUGAUCAUACAAUGUACUUUUCGGGCAAUAGCAAGACCAGACAAAAUGGAGUGAGAUUUGUUCUAUACAAGAAAAUAUCCAAGUGUGUUGAAGGUUACCAGACCAUCAGUGAUCGAGUGAUUACCAUUCGCAUCAAAGUCAAAACCAACAACAUCACAUUGUACAAAUCUACGCACCAACUGCCGACGCCGAAGAAGAUGAGAUUGAACAAUUCUAUGCAGAAAUUCAGGGCGCAAUCGAGGAAACACCACGAACAGAUGUUGUCUAUAUUCUGGGAGAUUUCAAUGCCAACAAUGGAGAAAAAGCAGAAGCAGACAUUGUUGCAACGGUGGAAGAGUUCAGUCCAAGCUGUGAAGACGUACCUUGAGGCAGACUGUGGAUCUGACCAUGAACAUCUGGUUGCCAAGAUCAAAAUUCGAUUCUGCAAUGUCAAGCGACCACCCGCUUGCCAGAAAUUUGUUACCAACAAGAUCGGUCUAUCAUAUGUCGCUGAGAUCAGAAGCCGCUUCGAACUGCUCGCCAUCGAAGCAGAAGAUAUAUGGGAGAAUGUGAAGGAAAUUGUCGUUGAAACAGCAGAGAAACAUGUACUAUACAAGAAACCCACACGAUCAGCAAAGUGGAUUUCGGAGGAGACUUAUGCAAUAGCAGAAGAAAGAAGGAGAGCAAAGGUGACCAGAAGCAGGGAUGAAGUGCGGCGCCUGAAUGCAAUGUUCCAACAGGCUGCCAGGAAGGACAAAGAGAAAUACUGGAAUGAGGAAUGUGCAAGGGAAGAGGAGGCAUACAGGAAACGGAACAUGAGAGAACUUUACCAACAUGUAAAGAAGGCCCGUGCAGCAUCCAUGGCAAGACAAGCAACCUUCCGUGGGAGAAAUGGUGAAGAACCACAUGACCUAGAAGGGAUAAGAAAAAGAUGGAAAGAAUACACUGAACAGUUGUACGCAGGGAACAACCGUGAUGAGCAGGCAGAAGAGAAGCCACUGGAACUGGAGCCAGACAUCCUGGAGGAUGAGGUGGUAUGGGCAAUGAAACAGCUGGCCAAAACCGAGAAGCCCCAGAUACUGAUGGCAUACCACUAG